AUGGUUGGUGAGGAUGUUGUGUUGCCGUGUCACUUGGAGGCUUCCCUGAACACUGAUGAGUUAGCAGUGGAGUGGGGAAGACUUGACCUAAAUCCCAGAUUUGUGUAUCUGUGGUUUGACGGGAGUGAAUAUAAAGAUGACCAAAACAUCGCCUACAAAGGAAGAACAUCGCUGUUCACCGACAGACUGAAAGAUGGAGACGUUUCACUGAGACUGACUGGUGUAAAACACUCUGACAAUGGAAGAUUCAGAUGCUACGAUCCAAAAGAGAUUGAAGAACAUUUUGUUGACCUUUUUAUUGGUUCAGUCUCCUCACCCAGUAUCAGUUUAGCAGGACUGGACAACAGCAGCCUUGGAGUGAUGUUAGACUGCAGCUCUGCAGUCUGGUAUCCAGAACCUGAGAUUAUAUGGCUGGAUGGGGAGGGAAACAUCAUGUCUGCUGGAUCUACAGAGAAAACCAAAGGUCCUGAUGGCCUUUAUAGUGUCAGCAGCAGAGUGACCGUGGAGAAAAGACACAACAACAACAUCACCUGCAGAGUCCAAAAGAAAGACAUCAACCAGACCAGAGAGAAACACAUUUAUAUUCAAGCAAUGAAGAACCUAAAAGACAAAGUGAAUAAAGAGAAACAGCAUCUGAUGACAGAAGGAAAAGACUUUGUGGCUAAGAAAAUGUCAGAUCUUGAAGAGUACUCAAGAAAGAGAAACCAGGAUCAGAGAAUCAUUGAUCAGCAGAUUGAGGCAUUAAUGAUGAUGUCAGAGGAACUGAAGGAGCAGAAAGAACGACUGACUAAUCAAAAAGAGGAGGCAAAAGAAAUAGUUGAGGAAAAUGAGAAGAAGCUUAAGGCUGUUGAUGAUGGAGUAUUUAACAGGAGAGAGAACAAUACGGAAAAGAUGGCCCAAAGAUACUUUAAACUGAAAGAGAUCAUAUCAGAGAGCAAUGAGAGACUGCAUGGGAGAAGGAACGCUCAUCAACAUGUGGAACUGAUGACAGAAAAACUGAGAGAGAAAACAAGUCAGGAGGUUAAAAAGCUAAAGGAGAGAAAACAUGAAAUAGAGAAUCAUGUAGUGGAAUUAGAAAAACAUCUUAGACAUCUUACAGAUAUGUGA